AUGGCGACGUUUUCUCCAUCCCCUGCUCCGCGCCCCGCCGCACAGCGAACUUCAAUCUCUCAUGCGCUGUCUCCACCCAGACAACCUGUCAGACGCACGCGGACGGGCGGGAGCAAGCCCGCAUCGCGUUUCGCCACACCAGCCCGACAGGAAAGACAGUCUUCGGUUGACGGCUCUCUCACCUCUGGAAUGGACGUGGACGACACUUUAGAUACAUAUGAGCGACCUCUCAAAGCAGAGACUUUGUUCGCGAAGUCGGAAGAGUUGACCGCCACCUUUUACGCCAGUCUGCCCGUGGAGGUUAAGCAUGUAUUGAAAAACACAGACUUCUACCGGAACGCAUAUUCUGGCGACAUCGAUACGGAGACUGGCUUUGCCCUCGUCGCGUCAGUAGAGACAUGUUUCGUCUGGAAAUAUGCCCAAGCCCUCAGUGGAACGCCGACGUGCUAUAUCUUCGUGUGUCCUCGGGAUGAUUACUCCCCUCCCAUGACCACUGUAUUCCAUGCCCUUGUGCCAUAUGGCGCGUCGAGAGAGCCUGGUCUUAUUCUCGUUUCGUAUUUUGGCGGGGUCCGAUUCUGGGACAGCAUAGGCAUGGGACUCACCGGAGGAGAGACUUACUCAUGGUCCGCGCUUGAUCUCCAAGAGGACGAGUGCGUUACCACGUUGACGCGGUCAGACCCGCAGACAUAUAUUAUCUCUACAUCCGCAGGUCGACUAUAUCUUCUCAUGCUCACGAAGACUGGUGGGAAGUACCACCUUACGAAUCGUGUCUUCAGUCGCCAGCAGUCUGCCCUCUCCUUCUCCCGUCUCUGGCCCAACUUUUUGACACCACCCAGCAUAUUCCCCGAUGCAGGCAAUAUCAACUCCAUCGCACUGGGAAUCAGCAACAAAACAGAGUCAGCCCGAGACGUAUGGGCAGUCAUUGAAACACGGGUUCAGAAAUGGAGGAUGCAUAUUGAAGGCUGGGAAGAACUCCUACUGGACGAUGACCUGGGAGAUGCCAUUCGCACGGCUAUCCGUGAAGCUUUCGUAUCUGCGUCUCAACCCGACAUGGACCUCGAUCUCGAACUGUUGGAUCUGAAACUUGAGAGCCCGAGUAACCUUGUAAUCCUUGUGUCUUACGCUGCGCAAGAGGACGACGAGAUGGAGACCCUCACUCACCCUCGUCGUAUAUACGCAAUUAUCCAUGUCCGGUACGGUGGAAAGUCCUUCCAAGUAGAGAAAGCGCAGGCAGUGCCUUAUCAAAGUACCGCCCGCUCUGGUGCCCCAAUGCAUCCUCGAUUGCAACUUAUGCUGGGCGGUCAAUUGGUUGCUAUCCAAUUUGGAGAUGCUGUCACUAUCUGUGCGAGAGACAACGACUACAUGGACCGUCUUGCACUCAAGUCUAAGCGAGACAGAACAUUGGGCGUCGGCGUUGUGGAAGGCAACACCGAGCUGUUGAUACUGACGGCCGGGACGACGAUGAAGGCGUACAUAGAUAUGGACCAGGUUGCCAGGUUCGAUGCGGAAACUGGCCGCGCUAAUCUGAUCAAGUGGACUAUGACACAGGCCAUCCUGUACGGUUCUUAUCCAGAGAACCCCUUGGAAUUCAGUUUCCCUCCUGAGAUCGACGAAGAGGCCCUCAUGUCAGGCGCUGAGCAACUCAGCCAGGCAAUCAUCCAGUCUGAUUCCGACGUAGUCCGGCCGAACCACGAUUUGCAGGCCCAGAUAGCAGGCCGGAAAGAGCGGCUCAGUUGGCUCAUUAAAUUUAUUAACGAUAAUGUAGCCUUACCAAAGAUGUCUCAACAUAGUCGGCAACGCCUUGCGACCGAUGCUGAGAAACUGUAUGCGGCUGAUCAGCUCUGGCUACAACACAGCGAAUUUCUUGGGGUAGCUCGUAGGAACAACGUUCUGUCCGAAGCAAUCUACCGGUAUAUGAAUGCGGUAGGAGAAAGUCACCACGAGGACUGUGUGAGAGCAUUUUUCAGGCUGAAGGUCGAAGAUAUCGGGAGUGUCUUCCCUCAUCUACUCCAAAUCGUGCGGAAUGCUGCCCAGGGGGGCCGUUCGCUAGCGGUGGAGUUGGAACAAGCUAAUCGGAUUAUAUUGACGGUGCUGCAGUCCGCCAUUAACUACCGAGAGUUCAACAUGGGAGUGUAUGGCGUUGAGCGUCCACUGAUCGACCUCUGGUCGAGCAAGCCGGCCUUGAUCGAUAUCAUAUCCGAACUGUUCGACACCACCGCAAGGCUGGUUGAGUCUCCUUCCCCAGACUCAGCAGCAGCCCAAGCUAAGAGUGGACCGAGAGGGCAACUCCCUCAACUGGCGACAUCGCUGUUCGCGUCUAUCCAAGAAAGAUUGGAGUGGCUUGAGAGUCCUCUUGCAGUGGAAGGUGGCUCAGCGCGAGAGUUGACAAAUCUCGAUAGCACGUUCCGACAGCUACGCCCUGAAGUUCUGGAGACCCUCCGGAGAAAUGGCUUCGCGGACCACGCCUUCAGACUGGCCGAAGACUAUCGUGACUUCCGCAGUCUGGCAUCUUUAUGCCACAAAGAGACAGUAUAUCCUCCUCAGGACAACCCCAAUGUUGCCCGGAUACAGUCAUAUAUAGGCAAGUUCAAGGAGGACUUCACAAAUGAGCUGUACCAGUGGUACAUUGAACAUGGGGAGCUCAGAACUAUGUUCGCACAGGACCAUGACGAAUACUUGGACACUUUCUUCGAGGAACACAAAUACCCUGGCAUCUCCUGGAUUCAUGAUAUUGGCAAAGGAAGAUAUGAUGCUGCUUCCGAGUCUCUUCUUUCUGAAGCAGGACACUCUAGCGACUUGAUGUCAAAACAUCUCAUGCUCAGUAUCGGGAAGCUGUCGCAUCUAGCUCAAUCCCAAGCCGAUGCUACGCCUGUUGAUCAGAGCCUCUUAGAUGCAUUCCAUGUCGGACUUGAUUUCGUCGAUGUACACGAAACACUGGUUGAUGAUCUCAAGUCGGCCCUUGCAACCGUCCGCAAUAGGCAAUCACUCGAGAUGCAAGUGGAGACAAUCACGAACGUGAAGGCGUCACAACUUGACGAGCGCAGAUCACUGCAGAAUGUCUUCAAGCAAUUUGUUCGACAACUACUCCAGGGGAAAGCGUUGUCGCCAGAAGAUAUUGCAGAUUUGCUGAGCUUGAAGGAUAACUUAUAUAGUGUAGAAGAUUAUGCUACAGCACUUCAGUUGCUGUCUCGCGCCAAGGGCAUGCCCGAGGCUCGGAGGUUUGCAGCGUUCAAGAGUGUCUGGCGGAGGAUCUAUAUUCACGACGACUGGGAUGCGAUUCGACAAACCUCAAACGUAACAGAUGCCGAACUGAACCAACGACUCAGGAACACUGCACUAUACGUGGCUCUUCGAUCGACUCUGCGGAAACGACAUCCACCUCACGGGUACAUACUGCUGCCCCUCGAAGUUGUGGAAAUUCCAGAUCGAACUGAAAUCAGUCUCCGCUGGCCUGGCAUGUCGCCUGACGAGGUGGAGGGUGUUGAGAGAGACUACAGAUGGGAAAGCGACUGCUUGAUCAGGUUGGAGUUGGACGGUAUGUCCGACGGCAUGCGAACGCUCGUUGCGGAGGAGCUGGGCGAAUGA